GCUAUUCAUUCGUGCUUCCAUUAGAUGUUACGAUAAGUGGAUAUGUGCGCUUUGUCGGCCAUAAUGUCGUCAGUUGUCGGUGCGCGUCUCAUGUCGCGACAGUGAGUGAAUCGAGGUCAUGCCGCCACCUCCACCGCCGCCACCGGGUCCGCCGCCUCCGCCCAUGCCAGGUGGUGGGCUGCGGAUGCCAGUUCCGAAAUCAGGAGGUGACGAUAGAAAUGCUCUCCUGUCUUCUAUCCGUUCCGGCGCGGCGCUGAAAAAAACUGUCACCAAUGACCGCAGUGCCCCGAUAUUAACCGGGAUAAAGGCCGAUAAACCUGGUUCGUCCAGUUCCUUGGCUCCCGGGCCAAAGCGGAGCGUUGGUGCUGCUCCAGGUCCUUCGGGAAUGCCGGACCUCGGAAGCCUUUUCGCCGGAGGAAUGCCUAAAUUGCGGCCCACGGGGGCAACGAGUACAGGACCUUCGCGAAUCGUCAACAAAGUAGCGAAUGGGAAGAUUGCGUCUGCACCCGAGCCGAAGCCAGUGAUGAAUCGUGCCCCUACUCCCCCGAGCAGUGUGCCUUCGGUUGCUUCUGUAUCGCUGCAAAGCACCGGAAUCAAGUCGUUCUUGCAUGCUAAUCAAAUUGCGCAGCGUGGUCCGCCACCGGCGCCACCGCCACAAAGCGCCAAGCCUGCUCUAACUACCCAGCCGCGACAUUCUUCGCUCCGAAAACGUCGUCGCUCGGCUAAAUAUUUGCGCUUGCUCGAAAGCUCGGGUUCCUCGAGGAAUAAGUUGGCACUGGCGAUGAAUCGGGUGUUUGUGCUUCGGGACGGGAAAACAGUCGAUGAGGGAAGUUCUUGA